AAGCACAGGCCUGUCAAUUAUUCAUCUAUUUCAAACCAAAUAUUUAGAUCACCCAAAAUAAGAAACACAAAGAUAUGUGAACAAACUGCAAGUUUCAGGCACUUGUGAUCCAUAUCUGCCAGAGUAAUAUCGUAUAAUCAUUUCCUGUUUAAAUCCAGGAACCAUUUGUAAAUUAUUGUAAGGGAAAUAUUCUGUGCUUAUGUUUAUUUUAAUAGAUGAUGGCCAUUUCAUUAAGCUAAAUUCCUUUAUGAACUGAAUUUGUGAUCGUUCAUUCUGUUUUCAAAACCUCCCAGUGUUCUAUUGAUCAAAUAGGCCUACACAUAUGGCAGAGUAAGAAAGGUGAUGCUUUGCAUAUGAUGACUUUCACUCUUCCAGGUUAUCAGUCUGGCUUGGAACACCAUGGAAGAACAGAUGGAUCAGCCUGUCUUUGCAUUUAAAAAACUGGAAAAUGUGUUGUAGACACUGAUAGCUUAACUUCUCAGUCUCUGAUGGCACUUUGUAAGGUUUUUAUCUUCAGAAUUCUUCUAUUGACAGGUUUACGUCUGGCAGGUGGCACAGUCUCUGACAACUUUAAAGAAUGCAGUCAGUUCUUCUAUAUGCAUACAGCACCCACAGGUAUCCGAGGGGGGAAUCUGAAGAGGAUAUGCCAACGCUAUGGAGAUAAACUACGUUAUGCCACACUGUACGACAGCAGUCGCCGACUGGCACUUUAUUCAGCGUACACCUUCAAAAAGUCAGAUGGACAGAGGAGGAUGGACACACCCUGGAUGUAUGAACCACAGCUGGUUUCUGCUGAUGAAAGCGGGGACAUGAGAGUCUUGCCCUCUAGUGGUGAAACCGACCUACUGCUUGAGGAGAGCCAGGCAGUGCUAGCAGACUAUGUUGAUGCAGUGGAGUACGAGCGAGGCCCACUUAACCCUGACCAGCACCAGGCGGACAACCAGGACAAAGCAGCUACCUAUACACUCACAAAUGUGGUACCUCAGAUCACAGACUUUUUGGAGGGCCCAUGGACCACAUAUAUUGACAUGGUGCGCCGCCGCCUGAAUAACUUCUGCCGUGGGACUGCCUAUGUGGUGACCGGGGUGACUAUAUCGGGGAUGACCAUUCGAAAAGGAAGAGAGGAACGCAUGGCUGUCCCAAAGCACUUGUGGUCAGCUUAUUGCUGCCCACGCUUUGAUCGAAACUCACCCUAUGAAGUACGGUACAUGUUUCCCACUUACGCAGCAUAUGCUUUGAAUGAGAUAGUGGGAUACAGUGUUACAGAAGUGCCUUUGAAGGCUUUAGAGACCUUUCUGAAAAAUCAGACUGACAUGGACAAAAGCGUGAGCAUCUUUUUCAAGGAUUGUGUCUCAGAAAAUAAACAUACCAAGAGAAAGUGAACGAAAGCGAGUUUGUGAACUCUGGAUUUGUGUGUGCAUCUGACAGUUGAGUGAAUGUGGCUUAAGUUCUAAUAAGAGUGCUGAGCAAAGUCAGCUAAAGGUUUAAUAGUUGAAAAACCUAUAUGCUCUAACCUUGUGCUGUAAUAUUUUGGACUAUAAAAUAGUUAUAAAUUAAAUUAAGAGUCAGCCAGUACAAAGAGACUGAGAAGUGAAUAAAGUCACCUAUCAGAUGUUGUGUCUUUGUGGAUCAUUUCCAU